AUGGGUCGUAUGACCGACGUUAAGACAAACGGCCACGUCGUUUGGGAUCUCACCUCGCCCAGUUCUGCAGGUCUUGAAGAGAGAACAGAUUAUUUCUCCCUUGGAGACUCUCUGCCACCCUUUUCCACCCUCACUUCCGACGAGGACCGGGAAAGGAAAGCGGAGGCUUUUAGCCCAGGCACGUACCAUGUCGUUAUGACACCAGACAGCUUCUCCUCCUUGCCUGAAUAUGCAGACGAGGAGAGAUUUAGAUCAAAGUCUGCCAGUGAGUGUAGGAGCUCCGCGGCCACCAGUCCGACAUCGGUCGCACGCAGUGAAUGCAGUGUGAGAGAAGACCCGAAUGUGGUUAUCCUGAAGACUUUUGAAGAUACCACUCGACGUUCACCGUCGAAUGGCAAGAUUUCUAAAUUCUCGCCUACCUCGGAGAUCUCGGAUCCGUUUUGCAAUCUGUCGCUAUCACCGAUAUUCCCUGCUCUUCCCUCACCGGGAGUCAAGGUCGAGGAAAUUCCAUUCUUAGACCCGCGCCUCGAUCAACAAUCUCAAGACUCGACUCUUUUCUCACAUUUCCGACACGUUGUAUGGAGGCAAUUGUUCCCUCAUGAUCAUAAUCUUGAUGAUGGAUCUGAUAAUCAUUUCAUGACCCUCAAUGUGGACUUUCUAGAGCAGGAAGCCACACGAUUUCCUCCUCUUUCCGACGCUAUGAUGGCUGUCUCGGCCCUCAGUCUCUCACACAGCGGCACAGGUCACAAUGUUGAUGCGUUACAAUACUAUCAACAAGCCUUCCCAUCACUCCAAAACAGCCUACGAAACAACGAUGACCUUGUUUCCGAUGGCCUGUUCCUCACCCACUUCCUCCUCCUUAUCUAUGAGAUCGCUGCCGCCGAGCCGCAUGGCUCAAAUCUCUGGUCCCACCACAUCUCCCGUCUCCUUCACAUCACCUACCUCCGCCGAGCCAAGUACGGCCAUGAGCCUCACCCCUUCAUCAUCUGGUGGGUAUCCCACAUCGACCUGUAUGCCUUGUUCAGUGGGGCUGGUACCGGCGAGUUUGUCCGCGCCAUCAUCGACCACCAAAUGCUUCCCGGGUCAGAGUCGCUACUCUACCCCAAUUCCCCUGAAGGAUAUAGCGUCAUCCAUCCCGGAGAGCACGAGAGUCUACCCAUAAUCAUGCGUUUAUAUCAUGAUACGUUCCGACUAGCCGCGCAAGUUGGCUUUUUGGCUACUCGGAUUCGACACGAUAAGCAGAACCUGCCUUAUGCCGAGUUCAAUCCGCGAUCACAAGAGAUCAACGAUCUUCGCCAGGCACUUAGUAGACUUUGGGAGUCUCCUGAUGUCGCAUUCCUUCACCAGCACCAGGACAGUCUCCCACAAAGGUCUAGGGAGUUAAUGCAGCAGUCAGCAACAUUAUAUCACACCUGCCAGCUCUUCUCGUAUAGCAGCAUGUGGCCCCGUCAACGCGUGGAGUCCGAAUACUCCUCCGACGGGGAAAUAGACCACCACGCAAACGAGAUCUUAAGAUUAGCCGAGAGGACUACGCAUACCCGCCGAGCAGAUCGUCACUUCUUGGUCUUUCCAUUAUUCCUAGCUGGCGCCACGGCUUCGGCUAGCGGUAUUAAGAUGAUGGCGAUGGAAUUAAUGACUAGCAUGGAGGAUGAGGAGGAUGGCAUGGGUCGCAAUGCAGCGACUGUUCGUGCUAUUCUCCAGGUUGUCUAUGAGAGACAGCUGGAGCGGUUGAUGAGGGUUGGACACACUUUUGAUGUGGAUUGGUCUGAUUUGAUGACACAGGAAGGCCUUCAGAUGGUCAAUUUCGGAUUUUAA